AUGACAAUAUUGGCCGUGGCAGGUGUACCCAGCAUAUCGCUUCGGCCUGGUAUAUCCUUUGCUUGUGCCUCCAAGUCGUCUUCGCUGUUGACAAUCUCCGCAGUGGCAAAAGAUGGAGUGUUUGGCAGAUCUCCGCUUGUUCCUGGUGUGGUUGUUCUAACAAUCAAUGGUCAAGAAGCUACAUGGAUGGAUCCGAAAGAUGCCCAGAACCUUGUCAAGUCUGGAGAUUCCAUUUCUAUCACUGUCGAGGCCUUCAUUGCGAAGAUCGUGCGAAAGACGAGACUGGAGAAGUUGGGAAUCGUUCUCAAGGAAUCAAAGGGCGAAAAGGGUCUCCUCAUUGCAGAAGUUGCGCAAGAUAGUCCAUUCGCUAACACUGACUUGAAACCAGGAAUGAAAAUUGUCAAUAUCAAUGGGACUCGUUGUCCUAAUCGUCCCAAGGAAGCUAUCCGUUUGAUGCAAAAGAUCUUUGGGACCUUAAAGGUCGUUGCUGUUCAAACGAACCGCGAAAAGGCAACCGAGAAGGAUCAAGACGCUGAGGUGGCUAUGAAUUGGACCUUAUCAAUUGACAGUGCGGGUUCGAAACGGGAGGCUGAGGCAAAAAGAAAAGUGGAGCUAAAGAGGAAGCUUUCCAAGCAGGGAGACAAAUUUAGCAAUGGCCUGGACAAGCUCGAGUCAUCGCUGAUCCGCCUUGAAUCCUCUGUGAAAGGUUCCAGCAGUAUUGUCCGAUCCAGGACCGAAAUCUCGGAAACUCCAUUGGAGCCACAUGUGAUGAAUCGUUCAAUAUCAGAGAUUGUCCAAAAGAACCAAGCCACCGAGAGUAAGGAGGAAACAGCAGAAAAUCAGAUCUCGGAAGGCUACACACUACGCAAAACAGGCUCUUAUAUCUGCGACAUUGAUGAGGUUGGUGAUGAGGCAGAAUCGGAAAAGAAUUCUUCCAAACUCUUCAAUUUCCAGCAGUCUCCCGUUGCUGCGAUUUCACAGUUGAGAAAUCUGGGGAGAAAGAAGAAGCAGACAGUAGUUGGAUAUGAUGCAAAAAAUGCAAAAAAUACCGAUACCGAUGACGCGACAAGGACGGACUCGGUAUCGACUGCAUCCAAAUAUUUCAAUUUUGAUCAGACCCCCUCUGAAGCGAUGGCCAAGUUGAAGAAGCUCAAGAAGAAGAAGUCCAAGACGCCAACCUCGAAGGGCCGUCGGAAGAAAAAAAAGGAGAAAUCUGGCACCUCCGAGGAUGUCAAAUCACCACAGCGACCAAGAGCAGUUGAUUUUGCUGGGCAUAUCCGAAAAGUUUCUAAGAAAGCGAGAGAGAAAAUGCAAUCUAGUCUCGCCUCCACACACCAAGAGGUGUCAGAUCCUGACGAAAGCCUCGCUACGGGAACGAACGCGAAAGACAAAGAACCAGCAAAAUCGUCGUUCAUGUCUGGCGAUGGCAUCUCAAAAGCAGGAGUACAAACAAGAAGGAUGUCGUUUGGACGGAAAUCGGAACCUGACGACGACGAGGUUACGGAGCUGUCCCGACAAUUGAGAGAAGUACAAGUCAUUCAGACUUUGGACAACGAAAUGGGGUUGGAGGUCUGUAUUGCCGAACUACCAAAGGAAGGGCAUACCUCGAAUAGAGACCUGAGCGUAGAAGAAUUUGUCAUGAUUUCUGAGACUUCCGAUAACAUGAUGGGCCCUUCUGAUCUUGAUGUUGCUGAGAAGAUUGCCGAGAGAGAUACCGAAGAGAGUAUCUGGCCAGGCCAACCUGUGAAGAUGUAUGACGAUACCGCGCUUGCUUUUACGGGGUUGAAGCUUGCUGACCCAAAACGUGCAUCAUCGCCGCGGAAUGCGAAAGAGGCCGAACAAAGCGAGGAAUCGUCCAAGCCUGCAUCAAAGACUGUAGUGAUGAACAUGGAUGAUCUUCCAGAGGAGAAGCACACGAACAACCCGGCUGUGGACGAGUCGAAUAUUGAGCAAGCAUCCAUAGAAGAGACAUUAUCCCAAGCAGAUUCAUAUUUCUCGCGAUCAGAUGAGGAGUACUCCGACGAAUUCGAGACGGAUUCAGAGUACGACUACGAUGACGAUGAUUACUCCGGCUCGGAGGGUGAUUGGUCAGAGGAUUCGGGCGAAAGUGUUGAAGAGAAUGACAAGUUCGAACAGGACCACGGAGAAAUGCAAGAGGGCAUAGAAUCGAGGGAUUUCGGGGAUAACGAGUCCAGAGCAGAUCAUUUUGGUGGUGGCCGUGAGGAAUCGCAAGCAACCGAUGCCCUUUCUAUGAAUGUUUCAAGCGAGGCAGGUAAUAAAGACUCUGAAGUAGUUACAGUAUGUAUUACCAAGGCCAGCAGAGAUGAUGUGCUUGGUUUCAAGGUCUUCCAAUAUGAGGAUAGUGAUGGUCUCUUUAUUUCUGAAAUUGACAAGUCCAGCGGGCUGCGUCAUUCAGGCCUAAAGCCUGGAAUGCAAGUCACGAAGGUGAAUGGCCAGAAAUGUCCCAAUGACUUCUCCGAAGCCGUCACAGCCCUGAAAAAUACGAUUGGUGCUGUCAAAAUUGAAGCAAUAGCACCAGACGAUCAGGCCAACCCCUCAACGAAGAAGAAGGACAUCAGCACUGCGUUGCAAGUUCCAGCAGCUUCGUCGUUCAUCGAGUCCCAAUUGUCCAACAUGUUCAGCGGCGUUCUGUCCGCGGAGGAUGGCUUGAUUGUUAAAACCUGUUAA